UUUUGAUUUUUUGGUAUUUGUUUUGAUUAAAAAAGGAAAGUUAGUUUUUUGUAGUAGAAAUGUCUAGACAGUAAAAAUGAGUAGUUUUUGUUUAAAAAGAAUAACGGUUGUUAGGGAAGUAUUUUUGAGAGAAAAAACAUGUAUUGGAUUGAUGUUAAUUAAUUUUACAACGUUUUCGUUGCACUUGUGAAUAAAGUGUGAAAUACAAACGUAGAUUGCGUUUUAUUCUACGAACCGCCAGGGUUUAUUUAAACGGAUUGUUUAUUUGGACUUGGCACAACAUUUUUGGCGACCGUGACAGGACUGACAGUGCGAAAAAGGAAAACAUUGUGUAAAAAAAACUCUGGGUUCAAAACAAACGUUGUGUGUUGGUCAAGGUUCGGCGGACGGGCAGCUGAAAAUACUCGGUUAAUGUCGCGCAUAAAGGACACACAGCACAAGUGAGUGGUUUUCUGGAAAAAAUAUGUCAGUUUUGGAUCAGAAAAAGAAACACAGGCGAGUUCUUCGCACGCUGUUUACCAAGAAUGCCAAUGAGUUGGACAGUUUAUUGUCUGUGAGCGAAGAGCGGGAUGAAAAGGCAACAAGAGAAUGCAAAGUAUCAAUGGAACUUAUGCAAGGUAAACACGAUCAAUUGACAGUAAUUAAUUCAGAGAUUUUAGAGCUUAUGCUAGAGUCUGAGGCUUCUGAAAACGAUAUUGGAACAGAGUGUGAGAAUUCCGAGGAGUAUAAAAGAAAAUAUUUGGAUUUACAAUGUAAAUAUGAGUCAGUUUUUAAAUGUGUAGCGAAUGAGGAGAUAUCCUUAGCUAAAGUAGACAUUAAAUCGUGUGCUAGUGUAGGACAGCGAAGAUUUAAGCUGCCUACUAUAAUAUUUAAAACAUUUGAUGGUAAUGUUAAGAACUGGAUGCCAUUUUGGGCACAGUUUCAGAAGGUGCAUAAUGAUGAGAGCAUAGAUCCCUGGUGGAAAUAAUUCUACAACAUUCUACAACAUUUAACGCGAAAGCUACAACUUUCUACGCGACUUUGCUACAACAUUUAAUGAUUCUCUACAACUUUCUACAAGACACUACUACAUUAUUUUAAAUAACGUAGAAAAUUGUUCAAAGUUGUAGCUUUUGCUACAAUUUUCUACAAGAUAUUACGCGGAUUGGGACAUUAUUGUUAUAUUUCGUAGAAAGUUGUAGCUUACUAAUAUCAUAGUAUGCUACAACUUUGAACAAUUUUCUACAAGAUAUUACGCGGAUUGGGACAUUAUUGUUAUAUUUCGUAGAAAAUUGUUAAAAGUUGUAGCAUACUAUGAUAUUAGUAAGCUACAACUUUGAACAAUUUUCUACAAGAUUUUACGCGGAUUGGGACAUUAUUGUUAUAUUUCGUAGAAAAUUGUUCAAAGUUGUAGUUUACUAAUAUAUUACUAUGCUACAACUUUUAACAAUUUUCUACGAAAUAUAACAAUAAUGUCCCAAUCCGCGUAAUAUCUUGUAGAAAAUUUUAGACGUACGAAAUUUGUUUAAAUUGUUUUUUUUUAAAUUGUUGCUUGUCCAAUUUAAAACUAUUAUUUUAUAUUAUUUUAACUUUGCUAAAUCUAAGUGUUUAUAAUUUAUUUUUUUAAAAGAAAAGAUUACUUAAAUUAAAAAUACUUACUUUGUGGCGCAACAUUUGCUUUUUUGGUGGGCGAUACUUCUUAUAAUUAAUGAUUUAUAAGAAAACAUUAUUAACUUUAACAACAAUCUAUUGUAGUCGCCUGUGUCGUCUACAUUGACUACAAUAUUGUUUUUUGUAUAUUAUAUUAUAUUAUUAUAUUGUACAUAUUAUGUUAUAUUAAAUUUACCAUUGAUAAUUUUUUAAGUCCCUUUAUUACCUCACUAUGUGAAUCAAAUUUUGCAGCAAUGACUAAAGGAGGUGGUUUGAUUUUCUUUGGGUUUUGGCCGGGCUGAGUCUGGAAUGUUAAGAAUUACAUUUCUUCCAGAUUGGCUGGUUGUAGCUUCCUGACUAUCAUUACUUUCCAUGGGUUGGGCUUCUGGUUGAUCAUUAAAUUUUGGAAUUACAUUUUCAAUUGUUAAACCUUCAUAUUUAUUACUUAUAACUAGUUUAGGUUUCUUAAUAUUGCCUUUAUUCACUCUCUUAAAAGGAAUUGUUUUAUUUGGGAUUUGGAAAUUUUGUUAAUUAUUUUCUGGAUUGUUUUUAUCAUUAGCGGUGUUUCCAUUUAAAGAAGUUAUACUAUUGCUUGCAGACAGGCCUUCGUCUGCCUUUCUUUUUAUAUUUUUAUCAUUUAAUUCUAUUGGUGUUGUCAUAUUAGUAUCGGAUUGGUCAGUUAGCUCUUCGAAAUC